CUUUAUUAAAUCGACCGCUUUCUGGCGGUCGGCAACAUUUUUAGGUCUUAUUUUUGAGUCGCCGAAAAUCUUUCUCACAAAUAUUGUUUGUAUGUAAAAUGAAGCUAUCUACAAAAUUUCAGCCAAACCCAAUCUCGAUAUUGUAACUGCACGUCGGAAAUUUGAAGACACGAUGAAGCUUAAAGAAGUUGGGGUCUCCACGAUCGCAAAAUGGCACACGGGUAGUAAGAAUUAUCAAGAAAUAUAAUAAAAAAUAUUCGUUGCGAACAAUCGCACUAUAUAACUAUGGCGUCGGCUUAUAUUAAAGAUGAACAAGGUGGAACAUUCAUUCCUGCCAGUCAACGUCCAGAUGGCACAUGGCGUAAGCCACGCCGUGUGAAGGAUGGUUAUAUACCACAAGAAGAAGUUCCAUUGUAUGAAAGUAAAGGUAAACAAAUCAAAAAUAAACCUAUGUAUCCAAUAGGUGCAAGUCCAGAAUUUAUAGCAGAGCACAAAGCUAAACAGGAAGCAUUAUUAGCAGCAAAAUCUAAAGCAAUUCCUGGUGCGCAAGUUAAAACAGAAGUCAAGAAGAAAAAGAAAAAGAAUAAACAUAAAACAACUGAACAUGUAACAGAGGAAUUGGCCAAAACUACCAUCUCAGAACCAGAACAAAAGAAAGAAUCAUUGCCACAAAAUAAUAAACCACACAUCAAUACUAAAUCAGUACCAAACAGUCAAACUUCAUCAUCAAAAUCAAAUAUGCUAAAUCAGUCUGAAACUUCAGUAUCAGAUCCACAGAAAAGAUUAAAAAAUCUAAGGAAAAAGGUUAGAGAGAUUGAAACUUUGGAAGAGAAAAUAAAGUCUGGAUUAUUAAAGAAUCCAGAAAAAGACAUACUUGACAAAUUAGCAAGGAAAGCUGAGAUUUCAAAAGAAAUAAAGAGAUUAGAAGCAAGUCAAUAGGAGAAA